UGUGGCCGGAAGUGUCGACCGGUCAGCUAGGCAUGGAGACCCCGGGCCCCAGGGCUCGGUGCCCGGUGCGAGAGCAGCGUGACCGCUGGGAGCGCAAACGCGCCUGCACCGCCCGGGAGCUGCUGGAGACCGAGCGGCGCUACCAGGAACAGCUGGGGCUGGUGGCCACGUACUUCGUGGGGAUUCUGAGAGCCAAGGGCACCCUGCGACCAGCAGAGCGCCAGGCCCUCUUUGGGCCCUGGGAGCACAUUUACGUUGCCAGCCAAGAGCUGCUUCCCUAUCUGGAAGAAGGGCACUGGGGACAGGGGCUGGAGGGCUUCUGCCCCCACCUGCAGCUCUACACCCAAUUUGCUGCCAAUGCAGAGAGGUCCCGGACCACCCUGCAGGAACAACUAAAGAAAAGCAAACGUUUCCGGAGGUUUGUGAGGCUUCAGGAAGGCCGCCCUGAGUUUGGGGGCCUUCAGCUGCAGGACCUGCUCCCUUUGCCUCUGCAGAGGCUUCAGCAGUAUGAGAAUCUUGUUGUCGCUUUGGCUGAAAACACAAGUCCCAACAGCCCUGACCACCCACAGCUCACACGGUCUGCUCGGCUGAUAAGUGAGACCGCCCAGAGAGUCCACACCAUUGGUCAGCAACAGAAGAAUGACCAGCACCUCCGGCGGGUCCAGGCUCUUCUCAGUGGACGCCAGGCAAAGGGGCUUACCUCAGGUCGCUGGUUCCUACGCCAGGGCUGGCUGUUGGUGGUGCCUCCCCGUGGGGAACCUCGGCCCCGCAUGUUCUUCCUGUUCUCUGAUGUGCUUCUCAUGGCCAAGCCUCGACCCCCAUUGCACCUGCUGCAGAGUGGCACCUUUGUCUGCCGGGCCCUCUACCCCAUGGACCAGUGUCAACUCCACAGGGUCUUUGGUCAUUCGGGAGGCCCUUGUGGUGGACUGCUCAGUCUGUCAUUUCCCCAGGAGAAGCUACUGCUUAUGUCCACAGACCAAGAGGAACUGUUGCACUGGUAUCACAGUCUAACUUUGGCCAUCAGCAGCCAGAAGAACUAGAAGAAUCUUACAAAUUCCAGAACCCAGGAUACUUCAGGGAUAGGUCUUUCUGUCUCAGCUAUGUGAUAUGAGAAAAGGGAUUUCUGUGCCCAGAAGGCAUGAUAGUCGCCUCAGGAAUACAAGGAAAAGAACCAGAGCUCCCUCUAUCUUCUCAGCUCUCACACUGGGAGGCAGCAUCUUUUUGUCCUAAUAAGGAAAGCUUUUCAAGAAGGGCCAGUUGUUCUUAGGCACCUAGUAUGGGUGUGUGUGACCAGCUGGAAUGAAAAAGCACGCAGGAGCAUCCAGUCACAAGAACAGAAUUUGUUUUA